CGCCCACUGGGGAGCCGGCAGGUCGUGGUGACCUGGAGCAGUGUCCUCGUUUGGCCCGCACUCUGGGCAGCGGCGGGCAGCCUGCCGGUGAGCUGAGGCGGGCACACCCCGGCGGCGGCGGACAGGUUAGAGUGGGGGCAGGGACCAGCGCGGGUGCCUCUCCAAGCCACAGAGCAAUCCCGGGCCAGGCUCUCUCCAACCAUGUCCGACGAGGCGUCGGCCACCGCUCCGUACGAGAAGUUCCUCACCCCCGAGGAGCCCUUCCCACUCCUGGGACCCCCUCGCGGGGUGGGCACCUGCCUGAGCGAGGAGCCCGGCUGCCUGGACAUCAGUGACUUCGGCUGCCAGCUGUCCUCCUGCCAUCGCACCGACCCACUCCACCGCUUCCACACCAACAGGUGGAACUUAACGUCUUGUGGAACAAGUGUUGCCAGUUCAGAAUGCAGUGAGGAGCUGUUUUCAUCCGUGUCUGUUGGAGACCAAGAUGACUGCUAUUCCUUGUUAGAUGAUCAAGACUUCACUUCUUUUGAUUUAUUUCCUGAAGGGAGUGUCUGCAGUGAUGUCUCUUCUUCUAUCAGCACUUACUGGGACUGGUCAGAUAGUGAGUUUGAAUGGCAGCUACCAGGCAGUGACAUUGCCAGUGGGAGUGAUGUACUUUCUGAUGUCAUACCCAGUAUUCCCAGUUCCCCUUGCCUGCUUCCAAAAAAGAAAAACAAGCACCGGAAUUUAGAUGAGCUUCCUUGGAGUGCAAUGACAAAUGAUGAACAGGUGGAAUAUAUUGAGUAUCUGAGUCGUAAAGUCAGUACUGAGAUGGGUCUUCGGGAACAACUUGAUAUUAUUAAAAUCAUUGAUCCCUCUGCUCAAAUCUCCCCUACAGACAGUGAGUUUAUUAUUGAACUUAACUGUCUCACAGAUGAAAAACUGAAACAGGUCAGAAACUAUAUCAAGGAGCAUAGCCCUCGCCAACGGCCUCCAAGAGAGGCCUGGAAGAGAAGCAACUUUAGUUGCCCAAGCACCAGUGGAGUGAGCGGUGCCAGUGCCAGUGCCAGCAGCAGCAGUGCCAGCAUGGUCAGUUCUGCAAGCAGCAGUGGGUCCAGUUUUGGAAACUCUGCUUCAAACUCCAGUGCCAACAUGAGUCGAGCACACAGUGACAGCAACCUGUCUGCAAGUGCAGCAGAGCGGAUUCGGGAUUCAAAAAAGCGUUCCAAGCAACGGAAGUUACAGCAGAAGGCCUUACGCAAGAGGCAGCUGAAAGAGCAGAGGCAAGCUCGGAAGGAGAGGCUUAGUGGGCUCUUCCUUAAUGAAGAGGUGCUGUCCUUGAAAGUGACUGAGGAAGACCAUGAAGCAGAUGUAGAUGUCUUGAUGUAAUAAUGGUGGGGAAUUUCUCAGUGGUCUGCCUAAGCAUUAACCCUUUCACGACCCUGUCCUUUCCAGCUUUGAAUUUUUUUUUUUGGUUGAUACCUGUGUUUUAAUUGAUGGAAGGCAUGCAGAAUCAAGGUGCAUUCCUGAAGUUCUAUUACAAAAUGGGGAUUUUGUUAUAUGGGACACAUAUGUCCCUUGGGACUCUAUAUACCACCUUUUUGAGCCUUUAACAGAUAUGUACAAGGUAGGGGCACCUGAAAAUGUAUCAGUUCAUGACUAUGGAAUCAUUGUGAGAAAGGCAACUUCCAGAUAAAGCACAGGGACCCAACCCAGAAAUAACACUAGUAAGCCUUACCUGCUAGUAAAAAACCAAGAGACAAAAAGUUCUGCAAUAUCAUACCUCCAAUAUGCAUCCCCACCAUACUUGCACCAUGACCAAGAUUUUGAUUAGGGCUGUGCUGAUGUACCAUUCAUAUAGGUCAGUGGUUCUCAGCAGGUGAUUUCCAGGCCAGACUACCAGGAUCACCUGGGCACUGGUAAGAAGUGCAAAUGACCAGCCUUAUCCCCACCCCCACCCCCUAACCUCAUCUGGGACGUGCUCUGCAUGAUGUUUUAACCAGUGUUCCAGUUGAUUCUGAUACUAGUUUAAGAACCACUGAUUUAGGUAAAUGUUUUGGCUAUUUAAGCUUUACAGUAGUUAAAUGGGUUUUUUCUGAGACUAGUGCUUUUGGAGUUUAUAACUCUUUAAAGGUACCACCGGCAAGUAAUUUCUGUCAGUAUAUAUACAUGUGGAGAGAUUAUAAUUCAAUUCCCUUCUUAAUGUUACAGUUUUCUUUCGGUAGUGUUGGUUUACUUUUUCUGAAGGGCCAUAUAGUGUGAUUCUCAGUUCCUAGUGGAAAUCAUUCUUUGACGUGAGGAAGAUGGGUUUGCAUUUUAUAAGUGCCUUCAUUAGAUUGGGUUCUAGCUACUUUCAUUCAUUAGUAACUCAAAUGUCCAAGAAUAGGCCCUAAUGUUUUCCAUGUCAGAUGGUGUUUGUGUUUUUCCUUUUAUGAAAACUCAAUCUUUUCUGUCACUAGUGACUGCUGAGGAAACAGUGUGUGUUUCUAGGAGUGUACUUUAGAUGUGAUGCUAUAUGAUUAAUUUUCCAUAGAGAAAGCAAUUAGGCAAACCAAGCAAUUCUGCUUUCUCACUGCUUUCUGAAAUUUUCCCAAAGGCACAAUUUCUUGAAAGUCCUCCCCCACGUAUUUUUUCAGCACAGCUCUAAUUUUUAAAUACUCAGUAUAACAUCUUUCAGCAUGUAAACAAGUUCACGUUCAACAUUAACUGAUGAAAAACCCUUAAAAUUAUGCUAAACAUCUCUAUAAAGUGCUAGAAGUAGACCAAGCUGUGAGUUACAGAAAACCCUCUAAUGCGUUGGUUAUUAAUAGAACUCUAAUGGAGUUGUUUUAAGUGUUUUCAUAGAGAGUUUGUUAUAAUGAGUAUUAGAAGUAGUAUGUAUCUUCUGCACAUCUUUGAACAUUCACAUGGGUUAAAGAUGGAAACUGAUAACUACUGACAAUCAAGCUGCUUUCUGAUUUGCCUUUUUUGGGGGGGGAAUAACAUUUUUGGGGUAAUGAUCCUUCUUUAGUAGGAGUUGUAAUCAAUGUCUUUUAAAAUCCAGGAGCCCAGAGGUUAAUAAGAUUUCUACCUUUUUAAAGAAAAUUUUACCUUUUGUUUUGUCUAGUAGCUCAUGAAGAAAAACCUGAAAGAAACUACAUUCUCAAUUCAAAGGAAGACUUCACUUAAGUUUUGGAAAUGUUUUUUUUUAAUUUUUAUUUUAAAUUUCACUUUCAUCUUGGCUCCUUGAAAGAUAAAUCAUGGAAACCAAGGAUGAAAACCCUAUUUUACCACUUUGUUGAGGUCUGUGGUAUGGUUGUAACCUUUUAUUUUUUUAAUUUUUAAUUUUUGGUUGUAACCUUUUAAAGACCACUAAAUUCAUACUUUAAAGUGCAGCUAAGAGAAAAGUAUUUAUGUUUGUGUGGUUUUCUGUUUGAAUAGUCUUCUGACUUUUCCUCCUACCCUGUUUGGUGCCUCCUUAUUCACAAAGUUGGGGGUGAGAUUCCACAAUACUCUGAGGAAGAUUCCCAUUCUCUUUCCAUGUGCAGGCAGAGUACAUGGAGAGAAGAGUGAAUGAUAUGGUGUGGUGGUUUCAUGUUGGAUUGCUAACCAGUGAACCCAUCUCAUGAAGUCUUGGAAACCCACAGAGUUAGAAUUGCUGUAGGGUCGCUAAUGAGUCAAAGUCAACUCAAUGGCAGCGAGUUUAGUUUUGGAUCUUAGCAACGAGCAAAAUCUCAAGAGACUGAUUAGCUAGUUUCUCCCUACUCUUCAAGGAAGAGCAGCAUUUAUCUAUUAAAUAUUUGGAAGCACGUAUUUGAGAAUCAUCAGUAGAAGGAUUGUGAUAUAUUAUCCAUUUUUCUACUCUCUCACACCAAUCAUGUAGUCUCAUGACUUUAAGUUUCAUUUCAGUCAUCAUAAACAAUUUUACCAAAGCACCACAAAGCCGAUGUUAAAAGUUUCUAGGGGUUUGCGUGUUAAUAGCUAUGUUAAUCUGAAUGACUCUGUCUAUAUGGUACUAUAGGUUAAUGAUAAGUCCGUAAGUUGAUUUGGAGGAGAUUUGAAAUAUCUUUUGAUUAAAAGAAAAAACAAUUAAGCCUAUUUAGGCUUCCUUGCGAUCCAAGUGGGAGAUUGAGAAGUUUUUCUCUACUCUUUCCCCACAAAGCAAGAAAAAGAGAAAAUGUUUUGUUAUACUUUUUUUGUUAUGGCUAUUUCAUGUAGUGGUUUUGAGCUCUCUUUUUCUUGGAUCAUGUUGUCAUUUAUUCAGUCUGUUGUAUCUCUUGAGUUCACUUGAAAAUAAAUCCAACUCACUAUUUGUCUUUUAAAAAUAUGACUCUUAAAUAUUAAAAAGGAGAGAGAAAGACUUA